AUGGUCACUUUUAAUAAGCUGUUGUUCAUUGGUUUGGUUGAGUCUAAGAAAGAUAAAGUUGAUGACUUUUUAAUUAGAAACCUAUGGCCUAACCUUGAUUUUGAUUAUGCUUGGGUGCCCUCUGUGGGUGCAUCGGGUGGCUUGAUAUUGAUUUGGAAUUCUGCUAUUCUUAAUUCAGUGUCUAUUUCAAAAGGUUCUAGGUGGAUUUGUAUGGACUUUUUCUAUCAAAACUCUUCUUAUCGCCAUAUUCUUAUUUAUGCUAGCAAUGUUGCUUCAGAGAGAGUGCUUUUUUGGCAGGAACUUCGGCUAUUAUUGGAUGUUCCCAUGAUCAUUUUUCUUAGCGGAGACUUCAAUGAGAUUCUGCGCCCGGAGGAAAGAUUGAAUUGUGUGGGAUACUCGCCUUCGAUGUUAGCUCUCAAUGAUUUCAUUAAUUCAGCAGAAAUGAUUGACCUUCCAAUUCACGGGAGGCGAUUCACAUGGAAAAACUCAGCUUCGCGAUCAAGAAUUGAUAGAUGUUUAGUCUCGGCACAGGCUGGCUUAUGUUGGCCGAAUCUCUCCCUAUCUGCCUUACCUCAGGGGCAAUCUGAUCAUGUGCCAAUUUGUUUUUGGUCGGCCAGUAGCUUUGAUUGGGGGCCACGUCCUUUUCGCUCGGUUGAUGCUUGGUGGGAGCAUGAGAAUUUCAGUACUUUCGUCUCGGAUUCUUGGAGCUCUAUAUGUUCCACUCCUGAUAAUCUAACCCAGAGAUUGAAGAAGUUGCGGUUACUUAUUAAGGAAUGGAACAACAAUGUUUUUGGCGAUCAAAACAAAAUCAUCAAGGAUCUUAACUGUACAAUUUUAGCAAAGGAGUUGGAGGCUGAAAAUAGACAGUUAAAUGAGGGAGAGGUUAAUGAUUUAAUAGCUAAUAAAAAUGCGCUAUGGGUGGCAGAAAAAAGAAUGGAGUCUUUAUGGAUUCAAAAGUCUCGCCUCAAUUGGAGUUUAUCUGGUGACAAAAAUUCUAAGUUUUUCCAUAGCAUUGCCUCUCAACAUCACAGGAACAAUUAUAUUUCUGCUAUUCUAGUAGAAGAUGUCAUUUACUCAGAGCCAACUGCGAUGAGAUUUCACAUUAGGGAUUUUUUUAAUUCCCUAUACAGUUGUAAAGAGAGGGUGCCGUAUGAUAUUUCAGAUUUGGGUUUUAGAAAGUUAACCACGGUGCAGGCCGAUUGUUUGAUUCAGAAGUUUGAUGAAAAUGAGGUCUUCUUUGCUAUUUCCUCUUUGAAUGAGAGAAAAGCGCCGGGUCCAGAUGGUUUUAACUUCUUUUUCUAUCGUCGUGCUUGGUCUAUCAUGAAAGCAGAAAUUCUUGAUAUGUUUUCGACUUUUCAUAGCUCGAGCUCUUUGCCGAAAGGAAUUAAUACUUCUUUCAUGGUUUUAAUUCCCAAAGUAAUUGGCUCAUCUAAUAUCAAGGACUUCCGCCCUAUUAGCCUGGUAAACGGUUUAUACAAGCUUUUAUCAAAGACUUUGUCCUUACGGUUAGCUCCCCUCCUAUCUUCGCUUGUUUCGGAAAGUCAGCACGCUUUCCUUAAGGGUAGGAGCAUUCUCGAAUGUUCUAUGAUUGCUAAUGAAUUAAUUCAUUUAGCAAAUAGACGGAAGGAGAAACUGCUUGUUCUAAAGCUUGAUUUCCAGAAGGCUUUCGACACAAUUGACUGGAUGUAUCUUUUAACGGUUAUGCGUUGUAUGGGUUUCCCGCAGCUAUGGAUUGAUUGGAUGUUUUACUGCCUUUCUUCGUCCACCACGUCAAUUUUGGUUAAUGGUAGUCCUGUGGAGCCUAUCACUCUUCAGCGGGGGGUGCGUCAAGGUGAUCCUAUCUCUCCUUAUCUUUUUGUCUUGGCUGUCCAAGGGCUGAAAUGUCUUCUCGACAAGGCUAGUAAUUUGGGGUUUACCUGUGGUUACUCUUAUUCGGAUAAUUUUGAUCCAGUGUCUCUUUUGCAAUUUGCGGAUGAUACUCUCAUUUUUAUUCCGUAUGAUGUAGUUCAUUUGCAAAAUUUGACCUGGAUUCUUCGUUGUUUUGAGGUUGUGUCUGGUCUAAAGAUUAAUUUUCAUAAAAGCUCUAUUAUGGGAAUUAAUACCAGUGUUGAUGAGUUAGCUACAGCAGCAAGUGUGGUGGGUUGUAAAAUUGAGUCUCUGCCGAUUAAGUAUCUCGGUUUGCCUCUUGUGAGACGUCAAUUAGCCUCUGGUUUUUGGGAUCAUGUUGUGGAUAGAUUUAAAUCGAAAUUGGCUUUAUGGAAGGGGUCUCUGCUCUCUCCUGCAGGAAGGCUAGUUCUUAUUAAAUCUGUCCUUUUCAGUGUGCCUGUUUAUUUUAUGUCAGUUUUCAGUAUGCCAAGUGGGGUUCAGAGGAAAUUGGAGUCUUAUAUGAAGCGCUUUCUCUGGAAAGGUGAUGUCGCAUCUAGAACCCUUUGCAAAGUUUCUUGGAAGAGUAUUUGCCAAGAUUAUGAGAUGGGCGGUUUGGGCAUUUCUAGCCUUAGAGUUAGAAAUCAGAGUUUGUUAUUCAAGUGGGUAUGGAAGUUGCGUUUUUGUUGCAAGAAUUCUCUUUGGUUUACUGUAGUAGCUAGUGGUUCUAAUAUCUCGGAUUGGGAUUCUUUACUUCUUGGGGAUAAUAAGAAAAUGUCUAGUAUCUGGAAAGGUAUUAAGAAGAAGUGCUGUGGUGAUGAAUUUGUGUGGAAAGUUUUUGUUGGUAAUAUUCGAUAUAAGAUUGGUGAUGGUGCUCUAGUGAGCGUUUGGCAUGAUAAUUGGUUGGAAGAUGGGAGGUUGAUUGAGUUAUUUCCUGAACUCUUCAAUCUAUCUAAUCAAAAACACGCUUAUUUAUCAGAUAUUAGGAGCUUCGGUUGGAAGUGGAGAAGGAGACUAAGAGGAUCAGAAUUGUUGCUUUUAAGGAGGUUUCAGAUUUUAUUUAAUGGGUUGCACUUUGUUGAUAAUAGGGUUGAUGUCAUUAAAUGGAAUGCCUCUUCGUCGGGUUUUUCAGCAGCUUCGUUUUGCAAAUUUGUGGCUACGGCAGCUGCUAACCAUGUUCGCAAUAGUGGAGUUGAUAAUAAUGUGCACGUCGCAGCUGCUGGGGGUUUGUCUCAAUCCAACCGAACUGCUGAGCUGAUUCAUGCUUUGAACCGUUACGAUGCUGCAGAGGAUAGGCUGUUUGCUACUGAGGUUAUGCAAAAUCCGGCUGCUGUUGUUGAUUUUCAGGUUACCGCUGCUGCUGCUUCUCAGAAUCACGUUGUUGCUGCUGUUCUUCCGAAUCCCACUGCUGCUGCUGUUCUCCAGGUUACCACUUCUGCUGCUGAUUUUCACAGAAGUGUUGCUGCUGCUGUUUCUCAGAAUCCCGCUGCUGCUGCUGUUGUUUCGAAUCCCACUGCUGCUGCUGUUCUCCAGGAUCCUGCUGCUAUUAAUGAUCAUGGAAGUCGGGCAUCUACUGCUGAUAAUCAAGGGAAGAACAAUAGUGCAGUCCAGGUGAAUUCUUCCUCUUUUACGCAGAUUUGGAAUUCGCAAGCUCCCCCUCGUGUUAAAUUUUUCAUUUGGGUGGCUUUGCAUAAUCGAGUACCUACUUUGGACUUUUUAGCACGUCGUCUUAUAAUUCCUACGGACAACACGAUGUGCUCUCUUUGCAAUGUGUUGGAGUCUCAGGAUCAUUUAUUUAUUCAUUGUGUUUUUGCAAGGAAUGUGUGGUGUGGAGUGCUUCAGAAGUUGGAUAUUGCUUGGGUUUUACCGUUUUCUUUUGAGGAAUUCAUGUUUCAGUGGCAGGCCAUUGUUCCGAGGGGUCCGUACUGGAAGCUAUGGGAAGUUUUAUGGUGUUUGGUUGUUUGGGAGUUAUGGAAAUGUAGAAAUAGCAGAGUUUUCAGUAAUGAGCUUUCGGAUAAAGAGACUGUCAUCUUUAGUUGCUUUACGAGGUCUGCUUUUAUUUAUAAGUGUUGA